UGACGUCCAUUCUGCCCAGCAUGGCGACCAGGUGGGGAAUCUGCAGCGCUGGGAAGAUCAGUCAUGACUUCACUGUGGCUUUGAAAACUCUUCCUGCCGAACACCACCAGAUUGUGGCCGUGGCCGCUCGUAAGUUGGAGGAUGCUCAGGAGUUUGCCAAAAAGCACAGCAUCUCCCGAGCAUACGGCAGCUAUGAGGAGCUGGCCAAAGACCCUGAUAUAGAUGUGGUGUAUGUUGGGGUUAUCAACCCGUACCAUCUGAAGGCCUGUCUGCUUUUUACGAAUGCCAAGAAGAACGUGCUGUGUGAGAAGCCGCUGGCCAUGAACACCAAGGAGGUGAAAGAGAUCCUGGACUCUGCCAAGAGGAAUGACGUCUUCCUCAUGGAGGCUGUCUGGACUCGCUUCUUCCCAGUCUCUGUGGAGAUCAGACGGCUGCUGGCUCAGGGGGAGCUGGGGGAGGUGAAGAUGGUCAGAUCAGACUUUGGUAUGCCCCUGUUAGAUGUACCGAAACUAGUGGAGAAGGAGCUGGGUGGAGGAGCAUUACUAAGUAUCGGCAUGUACUGCCUGCAGCUGGUAUUCAUGGUGUACGAUGGAGAGAAGCCAGAGAGCAUCCAAGCCACCGGGGUUUGUCUAGAAACAGGCGUGGAUGAGACCGGUGCUGUUGUUCUUAAGUUCUCCAGGAACAGAAUGGCGGUUUUUACUUUUUCUUCAGCUGUGGAGCUGCCCAACGAUGCCGUUAUUGUGGGAACGAAGGGAACUGUCAGGUUCCCUGGCCGGAUGUGGUGUCCCACAUCAUUUGUGGUAAAUGGGAAGGAGACCCAGUACCCACUACCAGAACCAUAUUUGCCUCUUAACUUCAUUAACAGCACAGGGAUGCGUUAUGAAGCAGAGGAAGUCCGACAGUGUUUACUCAAGGGGCUGAAGGAGAGUGCGGUGAUGUCCCACGCCGACUCUCUUCUGCUGGCUGAGGUGGAGGAUGAGAUUCGCAGACAGAUGGGGGUGGUGUACAGCCAGGACUGCCUGUAAAUGUAUAACAUGAACCCACACUGUUAUGAAGGAAAAGUUUAUCAUAUGCUAGAGUAAGAAACAUCUUUUUUUUAAUGUUGACAUAGUACUAAAGCUUAUUCGUUGUUCUCUUAAAGAUCCUUGACAAAGCUGCUUUGUGCAAAACAUGUUUCUUAACAAUAUGCAGUGCUACUUUGUGUAUUUCCAAUAUAACAAAACAUUUGUAUUUGUAAGCUGUGAAGAUCAUCAUGAGCUCAUUGGAUUUCUUGUGUAACUAAUAUUCAGCCACUGAAGUUUUUAUCAUUUAUUAAACAAUAUUUUUAACAAAA